AUGAUCGUCGAUGAACCAACUCCAAACAAUAUCCAUUGUUACGGUUACCGUGGAAACUAUGUGACGACAGCAAGCGAUAUCCCAAACAUUAGGCUCAUCGUGCCAGGGAGUGGUGCUCUGCCCGUUUUGAUCGCAGAUAUCAAAGUGAAGACCUGCUGGCUGGUCAUGAAAAACCCGCGUAAAAUGUGGGUCUUCAGUUGGACUCUGUGGCUUUUUAGUUCCUUCUUUAUUCUACCUGUGCGAGGGAACACGUGUAGUGCCAUGGUCCAGGCUGCACCCGGUGAUGAUCUGACCGCACUUCGUAACAAGGCUUUCGCGUCUUUCAGAGCCCAGUGCCGUGGUAAACGAGAUGACGUUUCUUGCUCUGUGGAGGGACCUCUCGGGAUGGAAGAUGGUCGCAUCCGGGAUGAACGCAUCACAGCUUCGUCUUUUUGGCGAAACCUCGCUAGCCACGCCCCAUCCAGGGCCAGGCUUAAUACUCAAGCAAGCGAUAUCCCAAACAUUAGGCUCAUCGUGCCAGGGAGUGGUGCUCUGCCCGUUUUGAUCGCAGAUAUCAAAGUGAAGACCUGCUGGCUGGUCAUGAAAAACCCGCGUAAAAUGUGGGUCUUCAGUUGGACUCUGUGGCUUUUUAGUUCCUUCUUUAUUCUACCUGUGCGAGGGAACACGUGUAGUGCCAUGGUCCAGGCUGCACCCGGUGAUGAUCUGACCGCACUUCGUAACAAGGCUUUCGCGUCUUUCAGAGCCCAGUGCCGUGGUAAACGAGAUGACGUUUCUUGCUCUGUGGAGGGACCUCUCGGGAUGGAAGAUGGUCGCAUCCGGGAUGAACGCAUCACAGCUUCGUCUUUUUGGCGAAACCUCGCUAGCCACGCCCCAUCCAGGGCCAGGCUUAAUACUCAAGGAUACGCUGCAGCAUGGUGUAAUGAUGAAACUACUGAUGACAUCAGUCCGUGGAUACAGGUUCACUUCGAUGGCACAGUCACCAUCACUGGUCUGAUCACCCAGGGGCGUGGAGACAGCCCAUGCGACCAAUGGGUGACGGAGUACCAAGUGACGUACAGCGAAGACGGGCCGUAUUAG